UCCUUCCGUUUGCCUUCGCCCUACCUGGGGCGCUGUCUCCGCCCCCGAACCGCGGGCAGACCUGGGUGACCUGGGAGACCUCUAUUCGAGCGACAGUCCCAGACAUCGGGCGGCGGCGGCGGUCUGGGAGAAAUCUGGCGGCGGAGAGGGAAGCCUGCCCGCAGGCGGGGGGAUGGGCUGGCUGCCCCGCCCCCCGCCCGAUUUCGCCGGGGAGGGAGCCGCCCGGCUCCCGCCCUAACUGGCCCAGCCGCGUGGAGCGCCUGGGAGGAGGAGACGGAGCCGACCUGCCGAGAUGGAGGCGGCCGGCACCUGGGCGCUGCUGCUGCUGCUGCUGCUGCUCCUGCUGCUGACGCUGGCGCUGCCCGGGAUCCGGGCCCGAGGUCACCUGCCCCCGGGGCCCGCGCCGCUGCCGCUGCUGGGGAACCUCCUGCAGCUCCGGCCCGGGGCGUUUUACUCGGGGUUCGUGCGGCUGAGCAAGAAGUAUGGACCAGUGUUCACCGUGUACCUGGGACCCUGGCGGCGGGUGGUGGUCCUGGUUGGGCACAAGGCCGUGCGGGAGGCCCUGGGAGGCCAGGCUGAGGAGUUCAGUGGGCGAGGAACACUGGCGACGCUGGACGGGACUUUUGACGGCCAUGGGGUCUUUUUCUCCAACGGGGAGCGAUGGAGGCAGCUGAGGAAAUUCACCAUGCUCGCUCUUCGGGACCUGGGCAUGGGGAAGCGAGAAGGCGAGGAGCGGAUCCAGGCAGAAGCCCGGCAUCUGGUGGAGGCGUUCCAGGGGACAAAAGGACACCCAUUUGAUCCCUCCCUGCUGCUGGCCCAGGCCACCUCCAACAUAGCCUGCUCCUUUGUCUUUGGCCUCCGCUUCCCCUACGAGGAUAAGGAGUUUCAGGCCGUGGUCCGGGCAGCUGGCGGUACCCUGCUGGGGGUCAGCUCCCCAUGGGGCCAGACCUACGAGAUGUUCUCCUGGCUGCUGCACCCCCUUCCGGGCCCCCACAGGCAGCUCUUCCAGCAUCUGGGCAACCUGGCUGCCUUCGCUGUCCAGCAGGUGCAGCGGCACCAGGGGAGCCUGGACACCUCAUGCCCCGCACACGACCUUGUUGAUGCCUUUCUGCUGAAGAUGGCGCAGGAGGAACAAGACCCAAACACGGAAUUCACAGAGAAGAACUUGCUGAUGACGGUCACUUACCUGCUAUUCGCGGGGACGAUGACUGUCAGCUCCACGAUCUGCUACACCCUCCUGCUCCUGGUGAAAUAUCCUCAGGUCCAAAAGCGUGUGCGCGAGGAGCUGACGCGGGAGCUGGGCGCAGGCCGGGCGCCAGGCCUGGGGGACCGUACCCGCCUCCCUUACACCAACGCAGUUCUGCACGAGGCGCAGCGCCUCCUGGCCCUGGUGCCCAUGGGAAUACCCCGCGCCGUGAUGCGGACCACCCGCUUCCGGGGGUACACCCUGCCUCAGGGCACGGAGGUCUUCCCCCUCAUUGGUUCUGUCCUGCAUGACCCCGAGGUCUUCGAGCGGCCAGAGGAGUUCAACCCAGGCCGUUUCCUGGAUGCGGAUGGACAGUUCAAGAAGCACGAGGCAUUCCUGCCCUUCUCCUUAGGGAAGCGUGUCUGCCUCGGGGAGGGCCUGGCGCGCGCAGAGCUCUUCCUCCUCUUCGCUGCCAUCCUGCAGGCCUUCUCCCUGGAGAGCCCGUGCCCGCCGGGCACCCUGAGCCUCCAGCCAGCUGUCAGUGGCCUUUUCAAUGUCCCCCCAGCCUUCCAGCUGCAGGUCCAGCCCGCUGACCUGCAGAGCAGAUGAAGGAGGGAGCUCUGCAGGCAGCGGCUGCCUGGGCUGGUUCCUCCAGCCUCGAACGGGCGUGGACAGGGCUGUGUCUCCAGAGCCACAAGGCCACACCGCAGGCAGCCACAUCCACACACGAGCCUGCCCCCCGCACAGACACACGGCCCACAUGCUCACUUGGCCCGUGCCGCUGUCGAGACGCACAACCACACACCCGUGCGCAACCACAAGGGCCACG